CUUUUCCAUUUCCUCCCACUCGCGGGGCGGAUGGGCCGCCGGAGAACGCGGGGCGCAUGCGCCGCCGCCCCGCGCAUGCUCAGUGGUGCUCGCGGCGCCCCGGAGCUUCCCCAACGAGCGGCGGUCGGCGCGGAGGUCUCCGCGGCCGCUGCGGGAGCGACAGGAAGUGAGGCGGCCCCGCCGGGCGACCGCGGCGGAAGAACCGGUGGCGGAAGGGGCGCCGCGGCGCCGACGUCGUGGACCGGGGUGGCCGAGGGGGCCGAGCGCCGAGGGGACUCGCCGGCUGGGAAGCCGGAUCCCGAGCCGGGCAGGAUGGAUCAUCAUCAGCCGGGGACCGGCCGCUACCAGGUGCUUCACAAUGAGGAGGAUAAUUCAGAAUCAUCUCCUGUAGAGCAACCAUCAACAUCAAACCGAACACCUCAGAGUGUGCAGACUGCUCCUUCAGCGUCAGUACUGGAAUCAGACUCUUCUCCUCCCCCUUACAGUAGUAUUACUGUGGAAGUACCUACAACUUCAGAUACAGAAGUUUACAGUGAGUUUUAUCCUGUGCCACCUCCCUAUAGUGUUGCUACCUCUCUUCCUACAUAUGACGAAGCUGAGAAGGCUAAAGCUGCUGCAAUGGCAGCUGCAGCUGCGGAAACAUCUCAAAGAAUUCAGGAGGAAGAAUGUCCACCAAGAGAUGACUUCAGUGAUGCAGACCAGCUCAGAGUGGGUAAUGAUGGGAUUUUCAUGCUGGCAUUUUUCAUGGCAUUUAUUUUCAACUGGCUUGGAUUUUGUUUAUCCUUCUGUAUCACCAAUACCAUAGCCGGAAGGUAUGGUGCUAUCUGUGGGUUUGGUCUUUCAUUGAUCAAAUGGAUCCUUAUUGUCAGGUUUUCGGAUUAUUUUACUGGCUAUUUCAAUGGACAAUAUUGGCUUUGGUGGAUAUUUCUUGUACUUGGUCUGCUCCUUUUCUUCAGAGGAUUUGUUAAUUAUCUAAAAGUCAGAAACAUGUCUGAAAGUAUGGCAGCUGCUCAUAGAACAAGAUACUUCUUCUUACUAUAGAGACUGCAUCAACCAGACAUUCUUUCUUAUACCA